ACUUGUAAUAUCUCGAGACUUUAAUUAAAAUGUCUGUUAGACAUUUAAAAUAUAGGUCAGAAUUAAUUAAUCAGAAGUUCUCGGGAUAAAAAUCUCUAACACAAGACGCAUAAUGUAAAUUACACGUAAGACUACACAACCUUUCGUUAAAAUUAUUAAGCUUCUCCUUUAUUCUAAAGCUUAUUUCAAAAUCCUCUUUACUGUUUGCAGCUAAUAACUAAUUUACAAGCUGAAAAGCUCAUUACAACCUAUUUAGUUACUUUCAUUUCGUUUCUCGAAGUGCAAAAAAGCGCCAAAACAAUUACGCAAUUAUACAAUUUCGACUUUCAACAACCUUAUUACAAUUCUACGUUACUUAACGAAGAACCCAUCUUUAAUUACUUUUCCGUCUUAUGUAUUCUUCACGGAAACGUUCAGUUAUUUUAACAACCGUAAAUUAUUUCGUAUAGGUUUUGUCGCGCGUGUACGCCACCACGAAGUUUCUAUCCAUUUUUACGAUCCGACGCAACUUCUAUCCAUCCCCGAUUGAUGUCUUUCGACUUCUCGUCCCUCGUGAAAAAUCGAGGUAACCGGAUAAACGUAGCAGAACGGGGGAAGAAAAAUGUUCGCGAUCCGUAUGGUCAUGUCGUUAGGAUGACUUUCGGACUUUCCCCUUUGGAAAGGGCGCGUUUCGUGACAAUAGCUUUAGCACGAGCUCAGUCGCGAGUAAUGCGGCACUAUCGCUAGUUACCGGAAAAACUUUUAAAUUGCUGGAGCUUCCUUUACUUAACGUCCAACGAGAUAUCCCGUUACGGCCCGCGUACGAACGUUCUGUACAGCGAAACGGGAAGAACGAAAGAACCUCGUUCCGAGCAUCGCAUCCACUUGGUACGCCGAUGAAGACGCAAAUAACGAUGCAAUUGGAACUUUAAGAGCAUUAAAGACGUUAAACACGAAAGCGGUCGACAUACAAUGUCCCUUUUUAAUCUACGUUUCGUAGUCUGCCGCAUGACAGCGGCGUCGACGAUGCAAUCAACGUGUAAUCGAAUCACUAAUCAAAGCGCUAAUCAGGACGUUCACGGAGCGACAAAAUUUCAGUAUAUUCAGAUGAUAUGAUUUCACCGGACAUUGAGGGAUCAGACGCGUAUUCAGUGUCGCCGUGCGAGGAAUAAACUUUUUUAAUACGCGCCGCGUAAACUGUAUUAUACGACGGCGAGGAAAAAAAUUGAUUCUAGCUGUUUUUCAAAGUGGUAAGCCCGGAUUAACGAUCAGUGAUACUCACGAUCACGACACCGACCCGACGGACUUCCACGUCAAAUUGGAUCGCCAGCGAGAAGCGAAAAUAUUAAAAUGUUGCGUUAAAUAAAAAUGCAUAAAUAAAUAAUUUCAAUUAGCGCGUGGGCAAAUAUAAAACAAUGUAAUCCUUAUAUUAAUAAUCGCACGUCGCCACUCUCUUUGAUAAUUUUACGUUAUUGCUAAUGACAUGCGUGUUACUUCGUUUUUAAAAUAAAUAAGUACCUUUUAUGAUACUGCAGCUUACGUAAGCAAAUAUUAGAUGUAAUAUUUACGCAUUCUACGGUACGCUGCGCUAAGUGAGCACAGCCACGCAAUCCCCAUUUGCUUAAUCCUACAACUAAUUAUGUUGAGGUUACUUUUUCAAAAAUUCACAAAAAUACGAGCGCAAGAUAACCGGCAGUAGUCCGCGGUCUCCGUCGUUAUAUAAAAGGCAACUUUUACCGAAACUCGCCGCAGGAAAAUGCGCUUUCCAGUGGCUAAGAGUAGACGUCCGUCCGCGGAAUUAAAAAGGCACGUGGUAUUUUAUAAAGUGCGCAACGAGCACGAUGACUCGAAUACGACAAAACACGAUUAACUUUACGUUCCACGCGCUCUCUCUCCAAUUAAACCUUAAUGCUUUCGUCACGUAGAUCGGUACCUUCCGCUUUACGGUCGCAUCUCGGGGAUAUUUUGCUUGUAAGAUGCCGACGUUAUAUUUUAUUAACGUAUAAUCCCUCCAAAGCUAUAAAAUAUCUUGAUAAUUUACUCGAAUAUAAAACGACGUUGAGAAUAUCGUAAAAUCCGUCCAUAUAAAUUGAAGAUAUGUAGCAGACAGCUAUAAAAAUGUUACGAUUAUGAAAAUAUGCUUCAAGAAAAUGAGCAUGUAUAUAAUCCCGGAGUCAAUACACCGCUUCUCCCAACGCGAAACUAUUAUAAUUCAACAGUAAUCACAAACGUACGAACGAAACGUCUUUUUUUUUUGCCUACUUCCUCCUAGUAAAUUUAAUGUUUCACAGCUUAUUAAUUUUUAUAAUCCUCCGAUUUUCGCAAAUUAUACUUGGAAACUAGGUUCUCGAAGUUUAAAUCAACGCGGCUAACUUGCAAAACUGCCCGCUAACUCUCGCGUUAGACGACUGGAUCCCUAUUUGUGACAAGGAGAUCGCGGUGGGGACGCAGACUCGUAGCUGAAAUUACGAAAGUUAUGCCGCGAGCUAAGCGCAGGAAGUGCAGGAAAAAGCAGGGGAAUGCCAGAUGCAGUCGAGGACACGGGCUUGAGAAUGGUCGAUAAGAGAAGAACGAGACGCGAACAUGAGCGGCCUUACUCGUGCAAACUUCGGCGCUCGCUCGGGGCGGCAUGCAGUUCUCUCCUCUCGUCCUCUCUCACCAGGAUCCUUCGGGCAGCAACCCUAAUCUCACCCGGUGGAAUUACGAUGAUCCUCGCCGAUUUUUUUAGUUUCCCGAAGCGCUGCGAGGGGCGAUAAUGCGCUCGACGAAAGUCGCGAACUGCCGGCCGACUGAUAACGGCCGCGUCGCCGAAAUGAAUGAGAAGAGAAAAUGAAUUGGAUCGUAGAUUAUGUCCGCGAACGCUUUUCCCUGCCGGCAAAUAAAGAGCACAGGUGUUCCCCGAUGCGCGCGCGAGUGUCGAUGAACAGCAAUCGAUCUCUCGUCGCCCGAGGUCGCCCGAGCUUUAUGAAUAGACGAAAACAUGUUACGAGAACAUUUUACGAAAAAAAAAAAUAUAUAUAUUUUACAGCAACGUUAGUUUUGUACAAUUUUGAAAAAGAGAUGAAAUCCGGAGAAACGAAAUUGCAAACGUCGCUGAAAUAAUUUUAAAUUAUUUUAAAAAAUUUUAAAAAGGAUUUUAAACCGCGCGGAUUUCCAGCAACCUAAGGAAGUGCAUUUUUUUUUUUUUUUAAUUUAAUGUUGUUAAUUAUCUUUCCCUCCCGGCGUUUCUGUUCAAUAUUAACAACGUUGACAUUAGCGUCAUUUAUGAUCAAAUAAAAGGAAAUAAAUACCCUCCCCCCCCCGCGUGCGCGCAUAUAUUUCUCCACGUACGGCACACAUUCGCUAUAUGCCUCUUUCAAUUAUAAAUCCCAAACUUUGCGGGGACUCAAUCAUCUGUACCGUGUUUGCCACGGCGCAGGAUUCUGGGUGGGUAUAACGUAUCGAUUAAUAAAUCAAGCGGCGCUUCAUUUCACGCGGUUACAUAUUGACACACGGAAUCUGAAUCGCAGGAGACCGGCUACGACACACCCUACCUGCUACGGCAACCGAUAGACGACUUAUUGCGUGUACAAAGGGCUCUACGUGUGUUGGGAGUCCGGAACGUUGAUCGAACGGCUGUCACCUGUACGACAAACCACCAUACCGAAAUUCCUGCUUGUACUAAACGCAGCUCGGUUAGAUGCUACGGAGCUCUCUGUGUAGCGCGAUUAAAUGCCGAUCUCUCUCGGAAGUGAAAGAAUCGCAGCUCGCUAUUUUAGAAUGGGAGCGUAUUCGCGGACUAUUCCCGUGCGCUAUAACACUGGCUUUUAUUUGCAAAAAAUCGCUUUUCUCGAAAAAAAAAAAAAGAAGAAGAGCGCGCGUGUUGGCGCACGCGCGUUUACACAUACACGCGCGCAUAUGCGGUAUCUACGUUUCCAUGUCUACAUGCAUGAACUAAAAGAAUUGUAAGAGAUUGCGACGUUAACUCCAUUAGUUAUAACAUAAAGCGACGGCGUAUGAGCAUUUUAACUCGGUUUCUCCUAUUCAGCCCGGUACGCAAAAUGAACGCUGCCCCAUAGAGCUCUCCGUUGCGAAAUUGCACGUCAUCGCAUUGAAUGUUGAAUAACGCCAUGGAAAGCGCCAGCGAGACAGCUGUCCGCGGGUUCCGCGCGCGCGCGAACGAGCGCCGCUGAAAGCCACUUUAAACGAUCUUAACUCUUGUCGCGGAGUGAGCAGCCGUGACUCUUGUAACAAAUCCGCUCGGCGAAAUAAAAUAAACGGCGCGGAGAGCGCCGAGAGAAAAACGAACGAGAGGCGUGGACGUUUCUCUAAUUACCGGGCCCGGCCGGAUCGUAAAGGCCUUUACUACUUGCGAGCGAGCGAGAGGCCGGCUCUACGACGUAUCGAGAACGUGUCGGCGCCUUUUUCCGAGGCGCACACGAGGCAUCCUCGUUAGAGCGAGAACGAGCGAGAGGUCCCGCGGACGACAGAGGGAAUUGAGAAAGGGACGGAGGAAUUAACGAGGACCAUCCGUAGGGUGGAGAGUUGAGAAACUCCCGUCGGGUACUUGGCACGUUCGAUUUGUCAUCCUCAUUAUCCGCCGUAUAAAUAACCGGAUCGCAAGUGUCACGCGCAUUUGUCUGAAUGACUACACGAUCCAUGCGCCGCGAUGACAAAUGCCGCCGGUUUUCUCCCGGCCGUUUCUCGGAAUCUCCAUUUCCACUUCUGGAUCCGCGCGCGAUUUUAUCCCAGACAACGAUCUUGAGUCGGGGAAAACGCGCCAGAGAGAUCGCAGUUGUAUGGAAUAUCGAUGGAAAUCGUGUUGGUCGCGCGUCUCCCCGGCACGUCAAAAUCAAUGCUCGUCAUUAAAGAAGGGGGGGGGGAGGCAGGAGGGGGAUAGCAGGGGAGUCCCAUGAAAGCGCCGUGCUCGCACUGUGCGGUCCGAUAAUAACUCACUCCGAAGAUCUCGACCACGACCAAGGCAACAGUUGCAGGCCUGUGAUAGAGCCGGACGAUAUUUCUCCGGCCGGAUACCUCGAGCGUCUGGCUCGUGGCAGCCGGCGGUUGUUGGAAUGUCGGAUAAAAGCGACCGGGCGCGGCUGUCAGCGAGAGAGGUGUCCUAGGGGGUGUCAAGGGAGGAGAAUGAGAGAGAGAGAGGGGGUCGCGGGAGGGCUACGGGAAAGGUGGAUGUAGUCUCUGCCCUCUCUGCCACCUCACAGCCGACUAGUUUUUCGUUAGCUCGUCGUCCCGUGAAAUCUGUCACACCCCGCCUGUAGCCUAUAGCGGGACGGACGCGGUCGGACAGCGAGGCAUCCCUCGUAACCAUCGCCCUAAGCGCACGUGUACAUGCACGCGUCGUCGCGCGCCGGUGUUUGCACACACACACACACACACACACGCGCGCACAUGAAUACGUAACGUGCGGACGUGUGCAUACAUACGCACGCACGCGCCUAUAUACAUGCAUAACGCGCCGACGUUUAUAUAUCGGGUGUGCGCUUUGACAAGCGCACCGUUCGACGCAGUCAUUCACCGACCGCAAGCGUUCUCGAUUGGCCCUCUGCUCGCCGACCGAACCGCCGCCGCCGCCGCCGCCGCCACGCCGCCUUGAUUCGGAACGAGGUUGCCAAUACAGCCGGGCUUGUAAUGUCCGCCGGCGGGCAGGUAUAGGCACAGGUAAACCCCGAAUGUGCGGGCCUCGUAAUCCACGCAUGCUCCCAAGGAGAGGAGAUAACGCAGGAAAUAUGCGCGGUAUGAAUGGAACGAGCGAGCGAAAUUCGCCCGCGGCGAAGAUGAGAAAACCGUCGCGAUCGGCGGCGAUGGAUAUGUCACGCGUGGCUAGUCAAUUUCGCAAUUCGCUUUGAUAUGCGAACGGUUCUCCGGGUCGUCGUCGGGGGGACGGUUCAGCGGGCGGCGAGCGGUGUCCGGGAAAAACGAAAAAAACUCGAGAACCUCGCAUCUCCCGGCUACCGGCGGAAUAAGGAUUUAUAUCGCUGGUGUCUCCUUCGUGACAUAAUCUGGAAAUGUGUUGCGCGCGGACGCGGGGCUUUGUAAAAACCGUGGAUACGAAGUAUAAGCACGAGGUAAGCGAAACCCGUCCGUGUUGUCGCGACAAGAGAAUAAACAUUAAUAAUAAGAAUGUAAACGUUUCUCUUAGCGGGAAAUAAAACUUGACGACGGUUUCACGAAGUUCCAUUAAGCUAAUGCAAAAUGUAUAAUAAAAUUACCAGGAAUAACUAUUCUCUUAAUUAUGUUUCGGAAGAGUUUGUAAUGCGAUUAACUGAUGCAAUUUUAGAUAAUUUGAAGAAAAAAAAAACCACGUGAGCGACAGCAAUCAUAAGAAAGACUUACACACGUGCGUGUGCGUGUGUUUCUAGUCUCCACACUCGUAUUUAUGUCGAUUUCCCUCGCAUUUACGAGAGCACGAUCUACGCAUCAUUAGAAGAUGAUCGACGUUAUAAGCGGUCUUCGUACAGUUCGUUGGCUCUCGCUUUAUAUGUGAUUACCUUCGAACUGGGUUAUCUACAUCGUAUCAGCACUAGGUUCCAGCUUGACUCGCGCAAAAGUGGGCCGGUCAGCCCCGAGGCUGUAGGCCAAUUCGUAUUAAGCACUCGAGGACCGACGGAAGGAAAUUCGUAAGACAGAGACGGGCUGAAAGAGUGAGGGAGAAAAAAAGUAGAUUUUGCUAGAGGGAAGAAAAGAAAGCCGAAAGAUUAACCGGCUUCGGGCACUUUAUGAUUAAAAAAAAAAAAAAACAAGUAUCGAAAAAGAGAGAGAAAGAGAUCGUUCUAAAGAUCGAGCACCACGUGUGCGGGCAGCAGAGAUAAUUGCAUGGCGAUAAUGAGGCUGAUUUAGAGGUAUCGCGUCGAUGCCGAGCGGAGAUCGUGAUUCAACAAGUGAAGAAGCGAGGUCGAAAGACUCGGCGAACGCGAAAACGUUCUGAGGAUCAGAAAUGAAAUGUUCCUGCCGGCUGUUUCUGAGAGAAGAAUCGCGAAGAGAAGUCCGUGUAGGAGAGAAUAACGGUUAGAAAAUUAGACGUCGGUCUGCCCCGAGGCAGCUUACGUUUCUGCCGGGGAUCAGACGUGUGGAAAAUCGUGAGGGAGAGAAAAGAAGGGACUCUAACCUCUAACAAGGACAAAGUGAAGUCAAAGCGAAGAAAAAACGAGGGGUCGAGCGAGAGUAAUCAGCACGCGCCGUUCUAAUGGAUACAAUUAUAACAGGAGUCAAUUUUUAAAUAUUAUUCCGCCGUCACGAAGUUUCAUUUAUACGUCUGUCGCGAAAUAUAUGAAAAGAAGAAAUUGUUUUGGAAGAAUAGUUUACAUGCUGUUAGUAAUGUUGUAAGAAAGAAAUUUUACUCAUAAUAAUCCCAGACGUCAAUUUGGAGGGGACGAGAAACUGAUUAAAUACGGGCUAAUCAAGACAACGUGCAGGCAUGCGAAUAGGGCGCACAUAAUUAAGUAAUAAUAUUGAUGUAGAAAUGAAGAUAUUGAUUCAGACGAGAAUAGCAUUACCGGAGAAAUUAUACCUGUUUACUUAGGAGAAAUUGACCACACACCUUACUACCGAAGAACCUGUUCUCACGGUGCAAACGAACAAAUCUUAGAAACUACUCUCUCUAUAAACAAAUUUGAAAAAGAAAGACGCGUGGUUGAAAUUAGAAAUUGUACAAAUUAACAUUAAUUAAAUUAAUUAACAUUAUUCACACAAUCGUGAAAUACUUCUAAAUCAUAAAUCAUGUAUUUAUAAUAAUCACACAAUUAAAUUUUUUCUUAAAAACGCCUGUCGCAAAUCCAUUUGGCUGGCAAAAACCCGGCAGUAAAAAGGCAGCUAAGGGUGCGCAAAUAAAUUGACAAAAAAUAUCAUUACCAGACUCAUCUUCGAGUACAUCGUAAAAAGUAUCAAUUUGCGAGCGAAUAUACGGGGGUGGGGGGGUGGAACGACGAUAGGGUUCACGGAGACGCGUGGCCCGAUAGGUCAAAGAUCGCAUCGAGGACAGAGAGAAAGGACCGUGAAAGUUACGAAGCAAAGAUUGUGGAAAAGCCGUGCCAAGCCGAGAAGUGGAUGUCUCGAAGUGGUGUUGUAUCCCGGAGUCGGAGGGGACCGUCAUAAACGUGAUUCUCGAGUGGCGUUUAUAGCUCUCCCGUUUCGCACAAGGAAUAAAUAAAUACAAGAUCUACGCCCACGUCAAAGGGAGAUAGGAGUUAAAGAAGAUAAGGCGGCGAAGUGGACGAAAAUGAGCAGGCAAAGUGUACCACCCCCGGGUAUCAAUUCCUGCGAGAGGAUCAGACCGGAGCGACCUAGAAAUACGAUACAGAGACUGGUAUGGGGUCCCGGGACGCAGUUCCAGGUCGGUCAUCUCGGUAUCCCGGAAGAUGAGGGCUCGAAUCCGCGAAUGGCGUUGAGAAGACUGCUGAGGUUGUACGAGGGCAGGCAAUAUAGGGAGGCAGCUGGCUUCCUGAUGAAAUUGCCGCAUUACACCUUAAAGGCUGCAUUACCGGAUAUUCCGGUGGACCUGUUGAUCGAAACGCUACCUCACAGCCUCACCUUGCUGGAGGCACUCUACUCCCGAUUAGUGGAACUAAAUGUCAGCGAUACGAAGAUCCUGCGAAUCGAGCAAGUCCUAUGGAGGAUAGUACACUUGAUAUCGACCAGUCAAGAUCAUUUCCGACCGCGGAUCUGGUGCAAACUUCUCGUGUCAUUGAACAGAUUAUCGCCGAACACGAAGAAUACAUUACUAUCGAGAAGACGUGCCCUAGAGAGAGCUGUAGAAGGACUCGGCAAGCACGGAUUAGUACCCUCCUCGCAGACGAACAUCUCGGAGAACUCUGUUACCCCGAAUUUAAUACCAUUGCCGGUAGCGCUGAAAGAGGACCUCGAGACGCGAACAGAAGCAUACAAAUUAGCGUUGCACAAGAUCGAGAACUUAGGCAAGCACUCUGGGGCCAGUAAAGCGGAUCAAGGUGUACAAGCGGCUUCGCAUCAGCGGCAGCUUUCCCUGAAGUACAGCGAGAUUCAGCAGCGGCUGAUCGAUAAUCAGAGUCUGCUGAACACCCUGGAGAAAGCGGGCGGACCGUGCAGCUUGGAGAAUCUACUUGCGGAGCUGAAGCGCCGGGUCGAGCAGGAUAAGGAGGCGCUCCGGCAGUGGACGGCCUUGAGGAAAUCGACCUCCGGAUCGACGAACGCGAAGAAUCCGGCCCUCGCCGCCAGAUUGUUGCAGUUUUCCAGGGGCUGCGCGCUCGCCCUGCAGUUCAUGAGCGAGGAUAAUCCGCAGGUUUUCCAUCUAGACGAAAAUCUCGGCGACGACUACGAGGAGGAGUCCAGUAGCGCCGGCUAUCACACGGACGAGAGUUGCAGCCCGACCCCGGAGCCGGUUGUAACGGGCAGCAACUGCGAGGUACUCAGCGUGGAAGAGAAUUGCUCUGAUUUAACCUCGGCAAAUAUCACAGUGGAACAACUCGCCGAGAGGUACGGCGCUCUCUAUGCUCAGGCCAACUUGCAUACCCUGGAUGCCCUGGACGCACUGGAGUCCCUCAAGGACGCCCCUGAUUUAAAAGCGAAGAUUCUCUACUCCGUGGUAGUGCUCUCGUGGCGCGUAGCCGGCAUGGUCCAGACAUCGAGGCGCCUAGAAGCCUUGAAGAUCCUGAACGGCGCGGCCGCAACCCAGACGACGGCGGCGACUCCGGAGCUCGAGGAAUGCAUAAGGAGGCAGCUGGCCACUUCCGGGGCGCAGACCGGUUCCCGUGAGGUCGCCGAGCAGGUGGUCAACCAAUUGGAGAGGACACUGUACGACUUUCCGUGUUUGCGUGGCUGCGCCGAGGUCAAGAGUUACGCCACCGCGUGCUCCACUUUGGCCUGGGCGUGCCUGGCACGUUCCACACCGCUGGUGCUCGAUGCGGCGCAAAGUCUGGAGUUCCGCAGAGAGGUCCACGUGAGGCAUCACGCCUCCCCGAAUCUCCACGGGAUCAGGAUCAGAUCGGUCCUGUGGCCGGGACUUCGGGAGGGCUGCCAAGGUCCCUGUCUUCACAGAGCUGUUGUGCUAACUUGUUGAAACACUAUUGUUCUAAAAAAAGAAAAAAAAAAGAUAAGGAAAAGGAGGACUCGUGGGAGAAUUAUCUUUGAAAAGCAUGUUCAUAAAAACAUUCAUAAGCAUGAAAUGUUUGAAGAUAUACAGAGUCCAUUAAAUUGAGGGACUCGUUCAAUAAAACUCUGCAAUAAUUUUCUAAGAAAUUAGUCAAAUGUAAGUUAAUAAUUAAAUACUUAAUAGUGACAAAAAAUUUAUCGUUUUAAAACGAUAUUAUAUUUUAAGGAAAAGUUUCGAAAAAAACUUUACACAAAAUUUUAUACAAUAUGUAAUUGGAAAAUAUAUCAUGACACAAAUAUUUCUGUGCAUUUAUCAAUUUAGGAAAUAUAACGUCUUUGUACAAAGUCAUCAGAAGUGCAAUUAUUACAUAAUUUGACAAUGAAAAGAGAGAAAUGCACGAGGUCGAACCUGCUAAUUGAAUGCGCAAUGAAAGGCGGAGGCAAUCCCGCGUGGGAUGCUGCACCGCAGCGUGCUCCAAUUUCAUUAACGCUUAUGAUAUGCAUUCUACACCGUUGACACUUGAUGCCGCAACCGGACCUUAAAUUUCAGAAAUGUUACUCGGGCGUGUUGCUCUCGUGAUUCCGCUAACCGCAGAAUCAAGAAUUCGGAGUAGUGUAACACGGUGUGUUGCAAUGUAUCGUAUUCUUGUAUACACGUUUAUCUACAUUAUAUUGAUAAAAAA